AUGCCCUCACUGCGUUCUCGAUUCCCUGUGGAGCUGGGCUGUGUUCCGGAUCCAGAAAGCCAGGUGGGCCGUCUGCAUCGCCUGGCUGUGGCUGGGGGCGCAACCUGGGGCCUCACCCGACUCCUGCGGAGAGUUGUCCAGGUAGACGGUGAGAACUCGGCUGGACAGACGGCGCUCUUCCUCUCGGCGCUGCUGGGCCACAGCUCGGCCGUGCAGCUCCUGCUAGCCUCUGGUGCCAACCCCAACCACCGCUGCCUGGAUGGCAGCACACCCAUGCACGCGGGUGCCUUCUCGGGCUGUAGCCUGGUGCUCCUACACCUGCUGCAGGCAGGCGGUGACCUGCGUCUGCGUGACCAGCAGGGGCGCAGCCCGCGGGACUGGGCAGAACAAGGUGGUGCCAAGCAGAGCUGGGAGAUGCUGGAACUGUUACAGCUGUGCCGGGCCCACAUGUCAGCCCUGGUGCACGGCAGUGAGUUGGCGCCCGCUGCCUCCCUGGGCCAGUGGCAGGCCAGCUCUGGACACAGCCUGUGUGGUGGUCUGCGGCUGGUGCAGGUGGACAGGGCAUGGAGACCGGAGCGGACCAGGAGACCCUCCCAUGUCCCUGCCUUAGGGUUUGGCCAGCUGAGCAGCCUGUGGCCACUGGGGCUGGUAACAGGCGUACCCCUCGCGGACCCGAAGGAGCUGCUACCAGCGCAGGGCGAGCCCGACCGCACCUACAGGAGCAGCUCCCACACCCUCAUGGCCAACCUCCUGUGGAGGGGCCACCCCGUGACCGUGCGGCAGCUGAAGGUGCCAGAAGCCCAGGCUGAUGUGCUGUUGGCUGACCUUCAACACUGCAGCGCCCUGCACCACCCCAGCCUGCUGCUGCUGAUGGCACUGUGCCCCUCGGAGGACCUGUCGGGGCUGUGCCUUCUCUUCGAACCCGUGUGGCUGGGCUCCCUGCAUGUGGUGCUACACCCCCGGGGCCCACGAGAAGGGGGCCCCCCCCACCUCGUGCCAGGCCUGCUGCCGGGCCACCUGCUGCUGCAGGUGCUGGAGGCCCUGCUGUUCCUGCAGGCCCGCUGGCGUGCUCACGGCGGCCUCAGCUCCCAUGCUGUGCAGCUGGUGCGGCCAGGCCUGGCCAAGGUGGGCGGCCUGGAGCAUGGGCGCCCGCUGCACCAAUGCUGGCUGCAGCCCAGGCCACGGCAGGGCUACCCCUGGGGAGGCCCAGGCCCAGGGCUGCCCCCGCCUCCUGAACUGUACCCAUGGCUGCCGCUGGAGCUCAUCCGCGGUGACAUGCCUGCGGCCACCUCAGACCUCUACAGCUUCUGCAUCCUGGCCCAGGAGGUCUUCACGGGAGAGCUGCCCUGGGCUGGAAGGAAAGGGCCUGAGGUGAAGGCUAAACUGGAGGCGGGUGAGAGCCCAGCCCUGGACCCCCUGGUGCCAGCCCCCUACCAGGCCCUGGUUCGGGCUGGGCUGGGCCUAGGGCCUGCUGACCGCUGUGGCAGCCUGCAGAGUACACGAUACCUGCUGCGGGAGGCCGUGGCCCAGGGCCCCGCCCUGCAUGCCAGCCUUCAGGACUCAGCCUCCCUGCUGGGGACUCAGAGCUCUGAGGAGCGGUUUGAGAGGAAGUUCUCAGCCAAGAUCCAAGCCCUGCGGGGGCUGCGGCGGCACACACACAGGGCUGCCCUGCUGGACCCCCAGCCCCGUGAGCCCAGCCCUUGCCUGCUGACCCACAGGGAGGCUUCCCACGCCCUGGAGGCUGCUGGCAGGGAAGGCCACGAGGGCAGGUGA